AUGCUACCAUCAACGCCCUACCCUUCCUCCGGCCCAGGAUACUGGGGCCCCGUAACCUCAACCAUCAAUUGGUGCGAAGAAGACUACUAUGCUACAAUCUACUCGGCUGAGAUUGUGAAUACGAUUACCAAUUUGAUGUUUGUGAUUUUGGCCUGGAAGGGAAUUUCCAGCUGUAUUAGAUAUGGUCAUGACCGCGUCUUCCUUGUUGCCUUCCUCAGUUAUCUGGUUAUUGGAGUCGGAAGCGUGUUAUUCCAUUCUACAUUGAUUUACCCUAUGCAACUCGUGGACGAACUGGCCAUGAUUUAUCUAGAGUGCGUCCUAGCCUACUCCGUUUUUGCGCACCAGAAAUCCCCUUUAUCGCGUUUCGUUCUCGCUUUUUCGAUUUCUGCGCUUGCGAUAUUUAUUACUCUAUACUAUCAUUAUCUCCAAGACCCAGUCUUUCAUCAAAACAUGUUUGCACUACUCACCGCCAUUGUGGUAUUCCGAAGUAUGUGGAUAAUGGAGCAUAUACUCAAUCCAAAGCGUCGCGUUAAAGACGAAAAGGCCACUAAAGUAGAGCAAAAAAGAAGAGACGAGAGAGAUAGCAAGAUCUUGAGCCAGAUGUGGAAGUUGAAUUUUAUAGGAUUAACUUAUGUAGCUCUCGCAUUUUUCAUAUGGAAUUUGGAUAACAUUUAUUGUGGGACGAUUAGAAGGUGGAGGAGAGAAGUGGGUUUACCGUGGGGUAUUUUCCUGGAGGGCCAUGGAUGGUGGCAUAUUUUGACAGGAAUAGCUGCGUACAAUAAUAUCACCUGGUCAAUUUGGCUGCGAUAUUGUCGCAAUGGUAAGCAAGAUCUGGUGGAUUUGGAAUGGCCAUCUAUGUUCACUUCAAUGCCUGUUGUAGUAGAUGCAAAACUGCAGAACAAGGUUCUGUGA